GGCGGGCGCGGGCGGCGCGGUGCGCCACGGUGCUGUCCCCUCUUCCGCCGCCGCCGCCGAGCGCCGGGUCUGGUGGGGCGGCUGGCGUUGCGCGCCCUCCCUGCGCUUUGAGCUGGGGUGUUGUUACUGCCUGUGGUUGUGCGAGUGCACUGGUGCCCCGCUGCUGCAAGCGCUGUCCUUCGGCUCCGCAGGAGAGCCGUGACAGAAUAAACCCCUCGGCCGAGUGCCGUAGGCAGCGUUGCGGCGCCGCCCCACCCGCAGGGCUGCGGCGCCCCCUCGGGGCAGGGGAAGGGGCGGGGGCAAACCGUGCGCGGCUCGGGUGGGUGAGGCGCCGUGGGCAGAAGCGCGUCAUGCGCGGUGCUGGUUAAGUGAGAAAAAAAAUAACGUUAUUUACCUUCUGCAAAUGGCCAUGUUUUGCCUAGACUUGUGAGUUCCCUCUAAAGCACUUAGGUGAGCUUGCUUCCGCGGUAAAUUUCCUCGUUGGCUCACACUGGGAAUACAGUACCAUGAAAACCAGAGUUCAGAAAGAGGAAAUUGCAACAGAGAAAUAAAUUCUCCAGUAUUUUGAGUUUUAUUCUUUAUCUUUUGAAAUAAUUUUGCUGUUCAGAUUUUGGGCAAAUACUGUAUCCGAAACUUGAAUUGUGGCUGAUUGAAAAGUAUGCACUUACUAUUUUUCAGUAUUAUGUGUUUCAUAUUAGAACUGAGUGAGGUUUUUUUGGGAGACAUUCAUCAAAAGAUGUGCAUUUGCUUAUUUAGCAGUUACUUGCACUGCAUUCUCUUUGCUGAAUAGUUUCAGUUGGAAACAUUUUUGGAGAUGCAGGGUGGCUGGCUCACACCACUUCCAGGAGAGAAUCUGCUUUUUAUCUGUUUUGGGAGCACUCAGUUAUUAGAGAACUGGAGCAGAUUUUUGUGUUUGGCACAGAAGCCUUGGACAGCGUUUAAACUGGUAGGCUGUUCUGGAGACAAAAGAUAUUUCUGUUUGUGUGCAUACUGCUAUUCAUUUUUUUUUCUGUUAAGACUGCUUCACUUUGUGUAAUGAUACAGCAGCAUAUAGGCUGAGGUGUCCAAUUGGAGAAGCAUGCUAACAGAGCUGGAUAAUCAGUUUUUCUUUAUCUCUACAGGUCACUGUAUAUUUAGAUAUUAGAUACUGAAUGGGACUUCUUCAAAAGGAAAGAACAAGAGCUCUCUCCCUUAAAAUUUACCAUACAACAUCAUUAAGUCCUAAAACUGCUGGUUAGGAUAGAUGUGAGAUGGGGCAUGAGGAUGUCAGUUGCUACUCCGUUUAAUUGCAUGCUCACUACUGCUGCUGUACUCUAGAACAGGAAAGACUGAUAACAUACUUGAUCUCUUUCCUCCUUUUAUAUAAUCUGUACUGUAAUGGCUGGGACGCUUAGGUCAACUUAUCCUGCGUUGGGCCCAAGAUACCUUCUGGAAAUGUUAGGAGACAGAAACUAAUAGAAUCACUUGGACUGAGGUAAAAGUGUAAAGAACAGUGUGUGUAGGGAUGUUCACUUCUAAGUUUUUGUUUCAGGAAGGUUGUUACUUGUGAGGAGUUGUUCUUGCCAUCUCCCUGUUUUCUCCCAGGAUUAUUUUUGAUUUUUCUGUUAAUUCUUUGAAUGCAAUAUAUUUUACUAUUUCAAAUUCUUUGAGGAAACUGUUUUUUGUCAGAACAGAAUUAACUGCAGUUUAUUUGCUGAGGAAUUGUCUAAGUUAGAUGAUAUUAAAUAAUAAUAAAGUGAAGUUUAAUUAAGUUAAAUAAUAUUAGUUUAAAAAAAACAUAGCAGCUUGCUGGUCUCUUAAAUUCUUUUUUUUGUCUGCUUUGACAGCCUGUUUUUGGACAAAUCUUUUAUUCUCUUCAGAAGUCAGCAGAACUUGCAUGGCUGUCCCUAGUGACUGUUUGGAUUCUAAGGAGGAAAAGUGCAACAUUCAGAAGCGGAUCAAAAUUGUGGGACAUGGCACAAGGAAAUAAUUACGGGCAAAGCAGCAACGGGGUGGCUGAUGAAUCCCCAAACAUGCUGGUGUACAGAAAGAUGGAAGACGUCAUAGCCCGCAUGCAAGAUGAGAAAAAUGGGAUUCCUAUUCGUACAGUCAAAAGUUUUCUUUCCAAGAUCCCCAGUGUCUUUUCUGGUUCAGACAUUGUUCAAUGGUUGACGAAGAACUUAUCUAUAGAAGAUCCAGUGGAAGCUCUACAUUUGGGAACAUUGAUGGCAGCACAUGGCUAUUUUUUUCCAAUCUCAGACCAUGUUCUAACACUAAAGGAUGAUGGAACCUUUUAUCGAUUCCAGACACCCUAUUUUUGGCCAUCUAAUUGUUGGGAGCCGGAAAACACAGACUAUGCGGUUUACCUCUGCAAGCGGACAAUGCAAAAUAAAGCAAGGCUAGAGCUAGCAGACUAUGAAGCCGAGAGUUUGGCCAGGCUACAGCGAGCAUUUGCUCGGAAAUGGGAAUUUAUAUUUAUGCAAGCUGAAGCACAAGCAAAAGUGGACAAGAAAAGAGACAAGAUAGAAAGGAAGAUUCUUGAUAGCCAGGAGCGAGCCUUCUGGGAUGUCCACAGGCCGGUGCCUGGAUGUGUAAACACUACUGAAGUAGAUAUAAAAAAAUCUUCAAGAAUGAGAAAUCCACAUAAAACGAGAAAGUCUGUCUAUGGCUUACAAAACGACAUUCGAAGUCACAGCCCUACCCACACACCAGUACCAGAGACUAAGCCACCCACAGAAGAUGAACUGCACCAAGAGAUUAAGCACUGGCAAAUGCAGUUAGACAGACAUCGAUUAAAAAUGUCAAAAGUUGCAGAGAGUUUAUUAGCUUAUACAGAGCAGUAUUUGGAAUAUGAUCCUUUUCUUGUGCCCCCUGAUCCCUCAAAUCCAUGGAUAUCAGAUGACACUACUUUCUGGGAACUGGAAGCAAGUAAAGAGCCAGGACAGCAGAGGGUAAAGCGAUGGGGGUUUGGCAUGGAUGAAGCUUUGAAAGACCCCGUGGGAAGAGAGCAGUUUCUUAAAUUCCUGGAGUCAGAAUUCAGUUCAGAAAAUUUAAGGUUCUGGUUAGCAGUAGAAGAGCUGAAGAAGAGGCCUAUUCGUGAAGUUCCUGCUCGUGUCCAGGAAAUCUGGCAAGAAUUUCUUGCUCCAGGUGCACCCAGUGCCAUCAAUCUAGAUUCAAAAAGUUAUGACAAAACAACACAGAACGUAAAGGACCCUGGAAGAUACACAUUUGAAGAUGCUCAGGAGCACAUUUACAAACUGAUGAAAAGUGAUUCUUAUCCUCGUUUUAUACGAUCCAGUGCCUACCAGGAGCUGCUACAGGCCAAGAAAAAGGGCAGAAACAUCCCUAUUUUCCCAUGCCAUAAAAACUGUACACCAACACUGAGAGCGAGCACUAACCUGUUAUGAAAAGAGGGGAAAUCGCUCACAUCAAAGAGGUUAACCAGUCUAGUGCAGUCCUACUAAAAGGAUCACCUUGUAGCAUGGAAGCAGACUCAAAUCAUUACACAUACUUUGUAGCUCACUGAUUGCCUGAAUCAGAGGACAGUAGAACAAGAUGUUGCAUGAGCCAGGACCUGACUUGUUUUCUUUUGUGUAUACUAAGGCAUUACAGACUCCGAGGGACUCUCUAGCCUUUCGAUGCCUCCAUUUCGAAAACUGUCUGCUCACUUCCUCCUUCAUAUCAAGCUGGAUCUGUGUCUUUUUAU